CUCAGUUCAUGUAAACAAAAAAAAAAAACUUAUCGACGAUCGGUCUCCUUUCAAUAGCUAUCACCUAUAAACUAUUGGCGGUGAAAACAAAACCUAACCAAAAUCCAAAUCUCGAGAAUGGUGGUGAUGACGCGGAGCCGAAGGCGCAUGAUGGAGGAAGCAACGGCGGAGUCACCGACUACGAUUCUCCCGGAGGAAGUGAUGAUUGAAAUCCUUAAAAGGGUUGAAUUGAACAAUACUCUACAAUUGAGGUGUGUUUGCAAAUCGUGGAAAUCGCUGGUUCUUGAUCCUCAAUUCGUGAAGCCCCACCUUUUCAAAUUGCUCAAUGAUAUCAACGUUCUAUUUUCCAAGGCCAUGGAAUUCUUCAAUGCUCUCAAAUCGCAGCAUCUUAUAGAUAACCCGGUCAUUCCUCAAGAACAAGAACAAGUAGACGAUGACGAUGAAGACGGUGAAGAAGAAGAAGAAGAUGCUGUUGUUGAAGAAGAAGAAGAAGAGAAUGUUGUCGAUGUUGCUGUUGAAGAAGAAGAAGAAGAAGAAGAAGAGAAAAAAGAAGAAGAAGCUGAGAAACAUUGGUUGGUGACAGCACUUGCUCAUCUGGAGGUUAUUUUGCUAAUGAAAGAACACUUUGUAGCUGCGCUGCCGCUGAGGAACCUUCCGACACAUAGCCAAACUCAGAUCAAAGUACAGAGGGAGUUGGACCAAGGCAAAAAAUGAGACCAAAACAGAUGCUAUAGAUGUGAAGAGUGUAGUCAACCCUACAAGAAGCUUUCUUGCUAAGUCAAUAACAAAAUCUUUUUCUUCAAACCGAGAUGUGAGUAUGGAAAGAAACAAAACAAGGGCAGUGACAGAGUCACAGAGGAGCAAAGUGCAACAAGUGAUGCUACAGCAUAUAGAGUCUGAAAGCAGGCUUUUUUAGCAGUAGUGGUAUACCAGAUUAUUGAUCAGGACCACCUGGGAUAGCAUAUGUUGAGGUUGUGAAUGCAACAGUUGCAACAAGUGCUGCUACCACUGAGCAAGAUUCUGCGGUUUUGGUGAGCCAUUUACCACCUUCUUUUACAAGUGGUGCAUGUGUAUCAAUGAAGACUUGCUUUGCUGUUUUCCCAUCCUUCUUAUAACAUCCAUAGAAAUUAGGCGGCACGGAGUUCUUAACAAGCUGAAAAACACAAACAUUAUGAGUAACUAGAAUAUUUUCCUUAAUCAAUGUCUCGUUUUGUGGAUGGAAAAAAUGUAAUCAGAUUCAGAGUUGGUGAUACUUCGCACCAAUAACAUGAUCACAAAAAAUGAUAAGCUAGUUUGUGAAGA